UGAACAGGCGCGCUGGAAACUGAGCUUCCCGGAUUCUUCCUCUGAUCAGUUAAACUUUUAAAACUUUGGAGAAGAUCCGUGUUGAAGAAUAAUUAGGAAUUCUUUGAUAUCCCCUCCUUGGUGUUUCAAUGAGCACAGGUACAAUGGGCGCAUUCUGUACCAGAUCGGUAGAGUAGAGGGUUAAAAUCCUCUCUCUAUUGCUUUUCUUGCACGGAGACCUGAGAGUUUCACCACUGUUAGUGGAAAUAAGAUACACAGCCAUGGAUUUGGGUAAUGAUGUAGAUUUGUCCAACAAUAACAUCACACCUUUGUGGAAGCGACGCACAGACAACAGUAAAGGUUCCCAGGAUCUGAGCAAACCCAAGCCAAGACCCCUGAGCUACCAUGUAAAUGGGGUCACAACUGCAGACAUCCCUGUGGAUGAAGACAAAUGUUCCUGGACUUUGAGCCAGCCAGCUGAGCGACUGCCUGUCACACCCCAACCAAAGGCAAAUGGCAUGGCGUUAAAACAUGUUUUACACAAACCCUCUAAGAAAAGCAGAAUUGUUCGCAGCAUUAGCAUUGGCCGCUUGUACAAUAAACACUUCUUAUUGUCCAAGUAUAAGUCCGAGGACAACAGAUCUUCACUGGAUAACAGAGUGUGUAAUUUUGAUAGUGACAGACGGAAAACACUGGGUGGAGAAAGUGUGAUCUCUGAAAAUAAUCACCAGGAGAUGCAGAUAUCUACCAGUAGUUCUCUUGAUCUGGGCUUGGAGAAAGAACUUUUCAGUUCUGGGACAGCUAUACCCUCACCUGAAACUCCUACCCACAACAGUUCUUCACACAUUAAUUCUCCACACACAACUUCUAAUGACAAUGAACUGUCCUCACUAUCAUCCACACCUACAUUUCCUGGUACCCUAACCCCCUCUCGCAGCUCCACUUCAAGCACCCCAUCACUUUCUUCUUUAACCUCGUCUGACCUUUCCACCCCUCGCUCCCCAUCACCAGUUGAAGGAGGGAUUUCAUUGCCCAGCCAGACUCAGACGACCUCAUCGACAUCAUCACAAGACAUCCAGCCUGCUUCCCCCUCUUCCUCUGUCUCCUCUACAUCACCAUUUCUCUCCCCAACCCCUCCUUCUCCUUCCAUGGUCCUUAGUACCAACAGUCCGGCUGCCCUGAAGAUGGGCACCCAGCAGCUCAUUCCCAAAGGAUUGGUAUCAGACUCACGACAAAUCAAGCCGCCUUCCACUGGGAUGCAACGGCUGGGUCUGGACCAUCCCAAACGAGCUUUGAAAGUCCUCAGCAUGGUGGAAGCAGGAGGCUACUUUUCUACCGGUGGGGGGCACACUGAAGAGGGAGAGAGAGAGAAUGACAGCCCGGGGGCAUUACGGAGAGGUUUGAGGAGUACAUCUUACAGGAGGGCAGUAGUGAGUGGAGUUGACACAGAUGUUCCCUCAGUGGAUCUAAGGAACCUUCUGCUGCCCCAGCCUGUUAUCAGAGUGGUCGAUUCAACCGCUACCUCAACACAUUCUGCCACUUUAAGCCCAGAAAGUCCUGGAAUACCUAAAGCUGCCAGCCCCAGGAUUUCAAAGUCUCUUAGUUCUCAGAUGGAUAAAUCUAAAAGCAACAAGAAAAACAAGAUACCAGAUAGGAAGACAUUGGUAUCACAGCGCACUUUUGAUAGUGAAGAAGAGGAACUUUACCAAAACUACAAGGAGAAAGCUCUUCAUAAUGACUCAGAUGAGGACGCUGAUUCAAGGCGACCAAAGCCUGAUAGGGGCAUCGUCAUGCAGUACAAACCUAUACGUACCUCCUGGAGCCAACUCAGCUUGGUAAAGAAAAGUGGUGCAUCCGAACAGCUGAGUCAGGAGGAACGCAAAAGACAAGAGGCUAUUUUUGAACUGAUCUCCUCGGAGCACUCCUACCUCCACAGUUUGGAGAUUCUUAUUCGUUUGUUCAAAAACUCUCCAGAGCUUAGUGAAGUGAUGACCAAGACUGACCACCAUCACCUCUUCUCCAACAUCUCAGAUGUCUAUGAGGCCAGCAAAAAGUUCUUUAAGGAGCUGGAGGAGAGACAUCACCAGAACAUUGUCAUAGAUGAUAUCAGCGACAUUGUUUGCAGGCACACUGAGUCAAACUUCGACCCAUAUGUCACGUACUGCUCCAACGAGGUCUAUCAGCAAAGGACUCUGCAAAGGCUUCUUGGUUCUAGGAAUACAGUAUUUAAGGAGGUGCUAACCAAGUUAGAGGGCCACCCAGACUGCAGGAACCUCCCCAUGAUCUCCUUCCUCAUCCUGCCCAUGCAGAGGAUCACUCGUCUGCCUCUGCUCAUGGAUACCAUCUGUCAAAAGACCUUAAAAGACUCAGCACACUAUGAAUCAUGCAAGAAAGCACUGCAGGCUGUGAGCAAGGUUGUGCGGAAGUGCAAUGAGGGAGCUCGCAAAAUGGAGAGAACAGAGAUGAUGUACACCAUCAAUUCUCAGCUGGAUUUCAAGAUUAAGUCUUUCCCGCUGGUCUCAUCCUCCAGGUGGUUGGUAAAAAGAGGUGAGCUGACUGAAUUUGCAGAAGACGCGGGGCUCUUCACAAAGAGGAAAUCCCGACAGCAGGUCUAUUUCUUCCUCUUCAAUGAUGUGCUCAUCAUCACCAAAAAAAAAGGUGAGGACAGUUACAUCGUGACAGACUACGCCCUGAGGCAUCAGAUCCAGGUGGGAAACAGUAAGCCGGAGGAUGUCAACCUUUCCCCGUUGAAAAGUCCCACCAGCAUGCUGGUCUCACGUCAGGUCAACGCAAACUAUCUCUUUCGGCUGAGUUUCCAUAGCAACCACUCCCGUGAAAAGGUGGUGAGGAUCCUUGGAACAGAGUUACAGAAUGAGCGUGCACGGUGGAUCAGUUCUCUGGGCAAGAAUGACAACGAUGAAAGACUGCAUGACAGAACCAAUGUUAUCCAGGUGGAGGUGAUAAGAACUUACACGGCAAAACAACCAGAUGAGCUGUCUCUGCAAGUGGCUGAUGUGGUGUUGGUUUCCCAACAUGUCGACGGAUGGUACGAAGGGGAGCGGCUGCGCGAUGGAGAGACUGGGUGGUUUCCUGCAGAGUGCGCCGAAAAGAUCACAUGUCAGGCCACCAUUGAACGGAACAUGCAGAGGAUGGAUCGGCUGCAGGGGCUGGAGACCAACGUGUGAUGGAACCAUGAACAAGAGGGAUGUGUUUUUUUCCCCCCAAUGAUGAUAAAGACACUCUGAACUCUUUAAACACUGAAUGAACGGCAUCGGUUACAGAUGUACUAUUCAGUAUUUACUAAACACUGAGCACCUGUCUGAGUUUUAGACUGUUUAGCAUCAACACAGCAG